UAAUCUGAUAAACAAAUUUGGUUGCACUGAUCGCAAUUGGUUACAUUUUAUGGCUUUGCCUUAUAAAGCAAAACACUUUAAAAAACUAAAGGAAAAAAAUGUUAAGAAAUUGCUUUUUACCUAUUAGUUAUAAUACAGACUUUAAUAAAUCAUGUGGAGAAGUUAUAUGCCAUAACAUUGCUACAUUUAGCAUAAUUUGUAAGCUAUGCAAACUCAAAAUAUUCCACUUUGAUGAGUUUACAGACCAUUUGGAGCGUAUACAUUUACAAGAAAUACAGGAAAAUUGCAAUUAUAAGGAAGAGUUAAACACUAUCGAAAACGAUACUGAAAUUGAAGAUGAUGAUUUCGAUCCUCCAAAUUAUAUUAUUAAACAAGAUUUGUCGCUUGAUGAGAAGCCUUUCAGCGGGUUUGCAGACAAGCAUUGCAGUAGUGAAGAGGUCUUACAAGAAUUUAAUAAUUUCGAUGAAGUGACCGAGCGCGCAUCGUGCGAACCGUGUGAUGUAAAGUCUAAUGAUAAGGAACAAAACGAAGAUGAGAAACCGCGAAGAAUUAUAGAAACGAAUCCUAAACCUAAAGAAUGUAAAUGUGAAUUAUGUGAUAAAUCAUUUUCCUCCGAAAAUCGUCUAAAAGUUCAUACGAAACUCAAGCAUUUGCGUGACAGACCCUAUAAGUGCACGCUGUGCUUAAAAGCCUUUGCCGAGGAACGUUACCUGAAAGCCCAUAAUAACACCCACACCGGUUAUACUUGCGCCAAAUGUAGUAAAGUAUUUACAACAGCAAAAGGUUUAAAACGCCACAUGCCCUUGCAUAGUGAUGUGAAGAAUUUUCUAUGCACUUAUGAGAACUGUGGUAAAGCAUUUGCUAGUGAAUUAAAAUUGAAGCAUCACUUUAAAUAUCAUACCACUAAGCCAUUUGUAUGCGAGGAGUGCGGGUACAGUUGCUACAAAGAAGGAUCUUUGGUUGUGCACAUACGGGGUCAUAGAGGCGAGAAACCGUUUGCCUGCAAUCAAUGUGAUCGACGCUUCGGUUCCAAAUCUCUUUUAAAUGAACAUAUGGCCACACAUUCUAAGGAACGCAAUCAUAUAUGUAAUGUGUGUGGGAAGGCAUUUAACCGUCCUAAGGCUUUAUACCAUCACAAGCAUUUACAUUUAGGCAUCAAAAAGUUUGUUUGUAAGAUAUGUAAUGCUGCAUAUGCUCAAGCUGCUGGUCUCUCUGCUCACAUGCGAAAACAUAAACAAGAAAUAUUAAAUGGAUGCCAUGCUAAAGAUGAUUAUCCAACACUUGUUAAUUUCUAAAAUGUUUUUUGUUUUUCCAACAAACUCUUGGAGUAUUUUAUUUUUGAACAACAAUUAUAGACAUUUACACAUAACUACUUAAAUUUUUAAAUAAUAUUGGAGCGACAACAGUUGUUAAAAUGUCUAGUUUCAUUUUUUAUACCCAGCAUCGAAUGAUAGGACAACUUUCUAGGAUGCUUUUAUAUUGAAUAAUUAAAGCUGUCCACGCAUAAUAAGCGAAAACUUAUAAUCUACGAUAGAUAUUGAUCUAAGGCUUGUUAAAAAUAUUUAUCAAGACCAUCAAAUAUUUCACAAGUAACAAAAAAAUUUGCACUCGCUUUUAUAUGUUAUCUUUUAGAGACAUGGAUAUUAGCGAUACGACCCAUAGCAAAUAUAAACUUUCUUA